AUGCGGCUACAGACGCCAUUGACGGAGGAUGGUUGGGCCGCCCCACCACGGCCCCAGCUAUCUCCUCCAGCCACCCUCGGCAUCCAUUGCGAUCCCAAGCAGCAUCGCAGUCAAGUACAUCCUGCUGCGCAGUUUGCCUCCUCGUCUUUUCCUCCUUGCACGGAAUAUGACAUCUCGUCGUUAGCGUUUGGCAUUGUCCCGUUUCCUUGUAUCGCAGGUGGGCAGACGUACACCAUGGACGCGCCGGGCGGACCAAGGCGAUUUAGCACGACGAAUGAAGAGCGCGUGGGAUUGCUGAGCGCGGAGAAUAGCUUGGCAAAGCAACAGCAAUAUGGCACGCUUCCUGAGCCAGCCGAGAUGGAAGGCUUGCUUGGUCAGGAGGGCACGCUCGAAGAGUGCGAAACUUCGGGCGGGAAGGAAGCAAAGCUGCUGUUCAAGUAUAGCGUCCCGCUCAUGGGAACAUACCUGCUUCAGUACUCAUUCAGCUUGACGACAAUUUUUGUCGUUGGACACAUUGGCACUGAUGAACUUGGUGCUGUUAGUUUGGCGACGAUGACGGCGAAUAUCACGGGUUUGGCGAUUUACGAAGGACUCGCAACAUCGCUGGAUACGCUGUGUGCGCAGGCAUAUGGUUCUGGACGGAAAGAGAUGGUUGGAUUGCAUUUGCAGAGGAUGAUGCUGUUCAUGUUGGCUGUGACUGUACCCAUCGGCGCUGUCUGGCUAUGCUCGGGGUGGAUUCUCGCAGCACUGGUCCCUGAGAAGCAAUUGGCUCAUCUGGCUGGAUGGUAUCUAUCGCUGUUACUUGCUGGAGCCCCGGGAUAUGCAAUUUUCGAAGCUGGCAAACGAUUUACGCAAGCGCAAGGGCUGUUCAAUGCUUCGCUUUUUGUAUUGCUCAUUGCUACGCCUAUUAAUAUCCUACUCAACUACCUGUUUGUGUUUGUCCUGCACUGGGAUCUCACUGGCGCAGCAUUGGCAACAGUCGUCUCCAACAAUCUGCUGCCACUCCUGCUCUGGAUCUAUGUCUGGUUCGUAAAUCCGCAAUCACUGCAAUGCUGGGGUGGAUUUUCAAAAGCGGCUUUUUCGAAUUGGGGUCCCAUGGCAAGACUUGCAAUACCCGGAAUCAUCAUGGUCGAGACGGAGUGGCUCGCAUUCGACAUUCUCACCUUCUCUACAAGCUACCUCUCCACAGCGCAUCUAGCUGCUCAGUCUAUUGUGAUGACCCUGGCUGUCGCAAUCUAUCAUGUCCCCUUCAGUGUCGGUGUCGCAGUCUCUACACGUCUAGGCAAUCUCAUCGGCGCAGGGUCUUUGAAAGCAGCUCGUACCGCUACGAAAACCUAUGUGCUCACUUUUCUGAUCAUUGGACUUGUCGACUUUACUUUUCUGACCGCGUUGCGCAACGUGCUACCAAAGGCUUUCACUAGCGACCCGGAAGUUGUUUCCAUCGUCGCCACUGUCUUGCCCUUGCUCGCUGCCUUUCAGUUUGCGGACUCGACGACUGCGUUGGUCAAUGCCGUCUUGAGGGGCCUGGGCAAACAGAACAUUGGCGGGUGGUGUAACCUAUUUGUAUACUACGUCAUUGCCGUGCCCUUGGCGCUGUUCCUGUGCUUUCCAAAAGAUCUCAAGCUUGUGGGACUUUGGGCAGGGUGUGCGGUGGGAAGCAGCUGCAUCACGAUCAUCGAGGGAAUCUACAUCAAAUGCUACAAGUGGGACCGGGCGGUCGAGGAUGCUAGGGGAAGACAGGAAUAA